GUAGCUGAGAACUGUGGACAGACUUUAUAUAGUCCACACUGGUCGCAAUGGAGGCCAAGCAGAAAAGUCGGAAAAGUUGCGCGCUCUUGCAGCAUAGUUUUAAGAAAAGUUUGAAAGUGUUUCUGAAGGAAACCGGAUUGCAUGGACUGAAAUUCGUGGGCGACUCGGAGCUGAACAUCUGGGAGAGGCAAGCAUCGGUAGUUGGUUUAAGUCGGAUACUAUUGCUAAGGACAAAUUGCAGAUCCUUUUUCCUGAUUGCCUUUGUGGCUGCCCUUGCGAUGACCUGCCAGCUGAUCUCGAACAUCUAUGCCAAGUGGGUUAGCACGCCCGUCAUCAUCGGCAUCAGUCCACAUGCCACGUCCAUACGGAAGGUGCCCUUUCCGGCUGUCACCGUCUGCAACAUGAACCAGUUUCAGCGCAGCAAAGUCUUGCAAUACAGAGAGGGCUCGCCUGAGUACGAUGUCAUGAAGGUCCUUUGCAAUCCACGCUCGGAACGGGUCUAUCACAGCACUGAGGCGGACAACAGGGCCUGGGACACGACUGUCAACAGCAGCAACACCUUAAAGAUCACCGACUUUGUCAAGAAUCAUUCCCAGCCCUGCCACCAGAUGCUGCGAUACUGCCGAUUCAAUGGACAUGUAGCGCCCUGCGCCGAAAUAUUCCGUCUUAUCCUCACUGAUGAGGGCCUCUGCUGUGUCUUUAACUUUCUGCCCGCUCACUUUAUAUACAAAUCGCACCAAGUUGAGUCAAUGAGCGAUAUUGAAGCACUUGGAUAUCAGCCUGUGCCUUGGAAUCCCGAAGCGGGCUAUCCCGCGAAACUGCCCAAACACCACUAUCCACUGCCGGGAGCUGGCACGGGCAUUACAAUGGGCUUUACUCUGGUUCUGGAUGCGCAGCUGAGCGAAUAUUACUGCUCUUCGACGAAUGGACCUGGUUUUAAGGUCCUCUUCCAUAAUCCCAUUACAACGCCCAAUGUCAAGGAGGAGGGCCUUGUGCUGGGCAUUGGCUAUGAGACGAACUUCCGGCUCGCGGUCAGCAUGUCGGAGGCGGUGCCAGCGCUUCGCAGCAUAUCGCGGCAGGAUCGUCAGUGUGUGUUCAAUGACGAGAAGGAGCUGCUCUACCACCGGGUCUACACGCACAAUUACUGUGAGAGGGAGUGCAUUGCCCAAUACCUGUACCAGGCCUGCACCUGUAUUCCCCACAACUACCCGCUCAUCUACAAGAAUGCGAGUGUGUGCGGCGUCAAGGAUACUGAGUGCAUUCACCAGGCGAAUCUACCAGAGAAUGAACACAGGUCGGACAGGUGCCGAAAGGAGUGUCUGCCUAGCUGUUUCGAUUUGACCUAUACGGCUGAUUCGCUGUAUUUCCCACUGGCCAAGCGGGACUUCAAGCUGGCCAAUAGGGUCGUGGCCAGCAUGAACAAAAGCUAUCUACUGGAUAAUAUUGCCGUCAUGCAUUUAUACUAUCGCGAGUCGGCAUACUAUGGCAGUAUAAAAAAUGUCUACAUUGGCUUCACGGAGUUCUUGUCUAACAUUGGCGGCGUCAUGGGCCUCUUUAUGGGCUUCAGCGUUAUCUCCAUAGCUGAAAUGCUUUACUUCUUGGUAUUGAAACCCCUAUCGGAGCUUAUAGCUUGGAAAUACGGCAGCAAGAAGCUACCCAGAAUUGAGCGAACUCCCUCUAAACAGCAGCUGAACCAAGAUAAUCUAGUAUGGCAUACAAGGGAACUGUAUCCUAAGGGCAUGUCUUCAAACAAAAUGCAGCCACGUGGCAAAAAUGCAAAAAUACUUUUAGUUAAAGAUAAAUAUAAGUACUAAGAGCGCUCUGGGUGAUGACUGAGUGAAGAUCUACAUUUGAGUCUAUGAGUUUAAAGCUUUAAAUUUAACUAGAAAUGUUCUACUCUUAGGCAAAAGUCAACUACAUAAUAUAUAUGCUUUCAUGGCUCUACAGUGCCUGCUAAGUCUUUACCUUAUGUGCAUAUUUGAUAAAGGCCUGAAUACUAUAUAUAUAUAGAGUAGAGUCCAAGCCGAGCAACAAGCGCUUGGUCAUUCAUCUAUUUAAUAUUAAAUAAUGCACCACAAUUACACUUCAAGUUAUUGUCGCAGCUGUGAGGGGGGCCAAGGGAACAACAAAGACUUGAAUGUCAUGCAGAGGGUCCCUCAGUUCCGAGUGUAAUGUAAUCGAAAUGGUUAAAUAUGCAAAUAUUAAUUAUGCGAAGUUAUACAAAGUCCGUAUACUUAAAGCACCCACUGUACAGUGUGAGCCAUCUUCGGGCAUUCUAGACUAGUAAAACUAAGUCACUUUCUAAAUUAUGGGUUUGGCAGCAGAUGCUCGCAGCCCGAAUGCUGUUUGCAAUUAAGAGUUUCCUUAUGAAAAAGAAGUGCGGAAAUAGAAGCAAGUCCUUUGGCCAAAAUAAUGUACAGUUGUAGUGGCUCGCCGUUGUGCUGCUGUGGCUAUUAUUAUUAUUUUAUUAUAUUUGAUGCCAAUAUAAGCGCAUUUUGCGUAAUUGCUUUCACUAGAUGUGCGCACAGUGCCCGCCAACAGUUCGUGUACUGUUGUACCUCUGUAUCUGCGUAGCGCUUUAACUUGCCCUUGGAGCCGUGCUGUCUUGUCCUGUGCUGCACAACACUCGAGCGCAGCAGCACUCUUAUGGCUUGCCAUUGUGCCACCAGCAGCACGGCCACUCUGUCAGAGUCGAGAAACUGGGCUAACGCUCGAGUACGGACGGCUCUUCCCUAGGCCAGAGCCUCUAGAAGACCUGGCAUACUUAUGCCUCAACGGUAAUUGCUGACCCACACACAAAGUGACUAAUUUUGUUCAGACACACAUAAGUGCAUACAGGAAAAUAUACAUUUAAUUUGAGGGCUGCUCGAUGAGUACUGGGAGUUUGAUGGAAAUAUGUAUAUCAAAAUAAAAGGUUGAUCAAGCAAGAGUGAUACUAUUUUGGGUAGCUAUAACAACAGCUAUUUAAUUAUCUAAUAUAAAGUUGUUGCAUGCAGUUCAAUUACAAUUUAUUUUACUUUUAUUUUUAAGACUAUAUUUAUAUG